AUGCAGUAUUGCAUGAACCCAGUCAUCUUCGAGUAUCCCAACAGGAGCUUCUACGGAGGCAAGCUCACCUCACACAACAAGGCUAACUUGCCAUUGGAUGCGAAGCUCGCCACAGCGAUGAAGGACCUUUUUGGCAUCGGAAAAAGUGCAACGGAUUCCGAAGCCCGCCUGCAGUACAUCGAGGUCAAGGACUCGGUUGUCCGCAAGUCAACACGCACACAUUCUAGAGCGAACCUGGAGCAUGUUGAGUGGAUCACCAUGGUCAUGGAGAAGCUCUGCCCGGUCUUCAAGGAGGAAACCUUUAAGGACGUCUUUAUCAAAACGCCUUAA